AUGGCCCAUGUAACUAGAAGAUUUCAGAAAAUCAUAAAGAAGCAUGGAGGCUUCCAAAAGAAAACCUCUGCCAGAAUAACUACUGCAAAUGAUCUCUGCCAUAAAUGUGGCAAGCUUGGUCACUUCAUGAGAGACUGCCUCAGUCAAAAGCAGGAAACUCAUGACGCCAGACCUCGCAAGAGGGACCUGGUCCUCGACAAUGCUCGGAGGAAGACUCAUGCUGAUCAGUUGGUAAGAAAAGCCUUUGUUGUAUGGGGAGAUGAUUCAAGUGAGUCAGAAGAAGAUGCAGAAAGCCAUGAUGAUGUUUCAAUGAUGGCAAUUGAAGAUGAUGAAAGUAUUUUCAACUCCAUUUUCUCCUUGAUGGUUAAAUUCGAUGAUGAUGAAGAUCCAUAUAAGGUAACUCUCUUUGAUCUUAAGGAUGAUCUAGAUACUUUUCCUGUUGAAAAAUUGAGGAAACUUGCUGCCCUGCUUAUUGAUUCCGUUGAUGAACGAACCACUGAAAACUUAAUGUUGAAUGAAAAAUUAAGUUUGUAA